AUGCCGGACGCGCUGACGGUCCUGGAGAACCGGACGGAGGCGGGACUGGGGCUGCUGGAGCGCGCGCCGGCCGCCGAGGCGAGCGGCCGGCCCGUGUGGGUCAUCGCGGUCCUGGCCGGCGUGCUGAUUUUCACCACGGUGGUGGACGUGCUCGGGAACCUGCUGGUGAUCAUCUCGGUGCUGAGGAACCGAAAGCUGAGGAACUCCGGUAAUGUGUUUGUGGUGAGUUUGGCAUUUGCUGACCUCGUGGUGGCAUUCUACCCCUACCCUCUGGUUCUUUAUGCCCUCUUCCAUGAUGGAUGGUCACUGGGAGACACCCAAUGCAUGGUUAGUGGGUUCCUUAUGGGGCUGAGUGUCAUUGGCUCCAUCUUCAACAUCACGGGGAUAGCGGUGAACAGGUACUGCUACAUCUGCCAUUCUUUCUCCUACAGUCGGCUGUACAGCUACCGCAACACGCUGCUGUUUGUUGCUCUCAUCUGGCUGCUCACAAUAGUGGCCAUCGUCCCAAACUUUUUCGUGGGUUCCCUGCGCUACGACCCCCGGGUCUACUCCUGCACCUUUGCCCAGACCGUCAGCACGUCCUACACCGUGGCGGUGGUGGUGGUUCACUUCCUAGUUCCCAUUGCUGUGGUGACCUUCUGUUAUCUACGAAUCUGGGUGCUUGUGAUUCAGGUGCGACGUAAAGUGAAGACCGAUGAGAGCCCUCGUCUCAGACCCAGUGACUUGCGAAAUUUCAUCACCAUGUUUGUUGUCUUCGUGCUGUUUGCCAUCUGCUGGGCACCGCUAAACCUGAUUGGCUUAGCGGUGGCAAUAGACCCGCCCCACGUGGCUCCCCGCAUCCCCGAGUGGCUGUUUGUGGUGAGCUACUUCAUGGCCUACUUCAACAGCUGUCUGAAUGCCAUCAUCUACGGUUUGCUCAAUAGGAAUUUCAGGAACGAGUACAAACGCAUUGUGACCUCCGUCUGGGUGACUCGGCUUUUUGUGACAGAGACAUCACGAGCCGCCACAGAUGGCAGGAGCAUAAGGAGCAAGCCCUCACCAGCACCGCCGCUCAAUAACAACGAGUCCAUCAGAGAUCGCGUCAACAGAGACUGA